AAACACAGCCAACCACCAGCAGGACUACAAAAACACUUUCAUCAAACUUCCGAACUAUACUGGAAAACCGUUCCAUCUACAACUCUGCGGCCACUGGGAAAACAGGGCCGAAGUGGAGCACUACUGCCUCGGGGAAUGAGUUGUUUUGUUCUGAGGUAAAGUGGGUCUAUAGAGUGAAGCGAUAUGGCGACUGCUACCCCGAGCCGCGAGUCCAGCCGCGCGAAACCCGCCCAAACGCCGCUGAGCCCCGCGCGCAUCUCGCGCCUGCAGGAGAAAGAGGAUCUGCGCGCGCUCAAUGACCGUCUGGCCGUAUACAUCGACCGCGUGCGAUCGCUGGAGCUCGAGAACGACCGACUGCUCGUCAAAGUGUCCGAGAAGGAGGAAGUCUCCACCAGAGAGGUGUCAGGGAUCAAGUCUCUUUACGAAGCCGAACUUGCAGAUGCCAGGCGUGUUCUUGACGAAACCGCUCAUGAAAGAGCCAGACUACAGAUCAAUCUAGCAAAAACCAAUUCUGAUCUCGAGGAGGUCACCAAGAACUUCAAAAAGAAGGAUGGAGAUCUCGCUUUGGCUCUGGCUCGUAUCAAAGAACUGGAAGCUCAGUACAACAAGAAGGAAGCGGCGCUCAACACGGCCCUCAGUGAAAAUGGCACGCUUUCUGCAGAACUGGCUGACCUGAAGGCUCAGCUGUCCAAAGCUGAAGAUGCUCACGGAGUGGCCAAGAAACAGCUGGAGGCGGAGACUCUGAUGAGGGUGGACCUGGAGAACCGCUGCCAGAGUCUGACAGAGGACCUGGAGUUCAGGAAGAGCAUGUUUGAGGAGGAGGUGCGCGAAACUCGUAGACAUCGUGAAAAACGCAUGGUGGAAGUGGACACGGGCGUGCACCAGGACUAUGAGUUCAAACUGGCGCAGGCACUGCAAGAUCUGCGCAAACAGCAUGAAGAACAAGUGCAGAUCUACAAAGAAGAGCUACAGCAUACCUUUAAGUCCAAGCUGGAUAAUGCUAAGCUGUCGUCUGACCAGAAUGAUAAGGCGGUGCUUAGCGCCCGUGAGGAACUACAGGAAGCCCAUAUGAGAAUCGAGGGCUUGAGCUAUCAACUCAACGCUCUGCAGAAACAGGCGUCUGCCGCUGAGGAGCGAAUUCGCGAGCUGGAAGACAUGCUGUCUAGCGACCGAGACAAGUACCGUCGUCAGCUGGACUCUAAGGAGCGUGAGAUGGCUGAGAUGAGGGACUGCAUGCAGCAGCAGCUUAAUGAAUACCAGGAGCUGCUGGAUGUCAAACUGGCUCUGGACAUGGAGAUCAACGCUUACAGGAAACUGCUGGAGGGAGAGGAAGACCGGCUGAAGUUGUCCCCCAGCCCGUCCUCACGGGUGACGGUGUCCCGCACUACAGCGAGCAGUACUAGUUCUUCACGUACCACUCGUGCAAAGAGAAAGCGCGUGGAACUGGAAGGCGAGUCUACCGCUGCCCCUAAAUUUCAGAUCAACCAGGAGGCAGAAGCUACAGGCAAUGUUAGCAUUGAGGAAAUCGAUCUGGAAGGAAAGUCUGUCACCCUCAGGAACAGCUCUGAUAAGGAUCAAUCUCUGGGCAGUUGGCGACUAAAGAGACAGAAUGGAGAUGAGGAUGAAAUCGUAUACAAGUUCAGCCCCAAGUUUGUCCUGAAGGCCGGUCAGAAAGUAACGGUGUGGAGUGCCGAUGCUGGCGUGUCCCACAGCCCCCCCACAGACCUGCUGUGGAAGAGCCAGAGCUCCUGGGGCACUGGAGAAAACAUCCUCACCUCAUUGGUCAAUUCAAAUGGAGAGGAAGUGGCUAAGCGAACUAUCAGGAAAAGUGUUGUAGAGCUCGAGAAUGGUGAUGAGGAGGAGGGAGACUUUGGAGAUGAAGAUCUUUUCCAUCAGCAGGGUGACCCAAAGACCCAAUCUAGAGAAUGUGCCAUCAUGUGAUGAAGCCGUUUGCCUUUUAGUAUUUUCCUUCCCUAUUAUUCAGUCUUUUGUAGAGCCACUAUUUUUUAUUCUUUUAAAAUCAUGAUUUCUUACCACCCUUUCUUAUUUUUAUGGACCUCAUUUGUAAAGCCAGUUAAUCAUGAACUGCAGUAGACGAUGCUAUUGUUUCCAGCUGCAGUUUAUCAAUGAAUAGUCUUUCUGCCGUUUGACGUAACAUACAGCUUGUCGAAGGAGUCGGAACACUUCUGAAUGGCGGCAACCUCCCAUUAAGGACUGCCUGCAUUGCGCCAUUAGACAAUGAGUCAAAAUGAUCUGAAAUUAGCCAAUGACUAAGGAAUCUGCUUAUUCAUGCAAAUGAUUAAUGCAUAUUCUUGUUGUUGUGGGGUUAUGAAUGGGGGGAUUAUUAUGGGAUACUCUGACGUGGAGUUAGCUCCCUGAUUUAUGUUUUGUAGUGCACUAUAGCACGUAACUGACAGCUAUCGCUUCGCACACCUCUUGUUUUUCACUUUGCCAACCAGUUGAACAGGGUGGAAAUUAUAUUGAAUUGCAUUUAGUUGACAUUGAAGUGAUUACACAUCCUGAGUACUUCAAAAAAAAACAUUGGGGUUGUUAAAAUUGAAUAAUCAUGUGUAUCGAUGAAUGCUUUACAUAGUAUUAUGAAUAUUUAAAUAAGUGAGUGUUAUGACAUUUUUUAGAUCUCUCUAUCCUAAAUGGCUAAAAGAACUUGAAUCAUGCAAUUCAACAUUAAUACACACAAGCUGCAUUGUGCCGAGAAAUCAUGUCGAAUUAAAACACAUCUAUAGUACAUCUACUAAACACCGUAAUUUGAAGCAUUUCGAGUUUACCAAUGUCUUUUACUGUUGGUUUGAUUUGAGUUCAUUUGAUCAAUGAUCAUUUAAUUCUGCACUGAAUUAUGACGCUUCGUUUUGUGCUUUUCCACUAUCGGGCCAGUGUGAGCCAGAGCUAUUAACUGACCAGCCGGGCCAAUAGCAUCAGACCUCAAACCGCAAGACCAAAAUCGAUCUGCAUUACCACCAUCUGGCUAAUAGCCCUGCAGCGUUGCCCUAAAACCAGCCCUUUAAACGCCGACCUGGUGCCAGCGUCACUCACCUUGCCCAUUUCAUAAGCAAAAGGGAAGCUCAAGCUGAGGUAUUAUGUUAUCUAGAAUAUCGAGUUUAUAUUGAAUGUAAACAUUAGCUAGCUAACAAGAUAAGUUAGCACAGACUGUAACUGCCGUGGUGUCCCGAGUUGUCUCUCCACUAACAGCGGGAUGUUGUCCCAGCACACCGAUAUGAAAGUUAAUCGAGCCAUGGAACGCAAUUUCCUUGGGCACCGAUUUGUCCAUUGUACGUUUUAACGGAUUUGUACUGUGCCCGCAUUUUUUCUUACAUUUCUUUACUGAACCUGGCAGGGCAAAGACCACUGGCAUCCCAGGGGAGGCAUGAUGAAGCCCCAGAAGUGAUAUUGGAAAUGCAACUGGCCAUGGCACGCACUAGCACGCCCUCAUUUGGCCCAUUAGUGGAAACGCGGCUAUUCAGUGCUUAUAAAAUCAGACCAGAAUCAACAUGCUAAUCGUGCAUUCAGACCAGAGGGUUCGAGAGAGCAUCAAAUCGACCGGAAGUCAUUCAUUUUCUAUGGCAGUCAGCGCCUCUCGGCGGCGCAUCUUGGGCAUUGUGGCCGUCAGAGGAAAGUUCAAGUGUGGGCAACAUUAUUGUGCUCCGCUCUAGCAAAGUCUAGAGAACACAAUUGUGUAAACUUUGGUUCCCACCAAACAAUAGUUCCGAAGACAUGAUGGAGAAGAACUAAUCAUUGCCGUGGCGGCUUUUCCCGUAAUAUACCUCUGUCCCUGUUUGCUUACAGGGAUAUAUUUUAUUUUGGUAACAACCAUAAUUUUAAUUACGUUCUGCCAUCGAUCGAUUUCUUUCACGCUUAAAAGAUUUCAUGAGGAUAUACGCUACUUGUGAUAGGUCAGCAGAUAGAUACCGGUCGACAUAUCUGGAUGUUUUGUGACCCUUUAAAUAUGAUUUACAAAAUCAAGCAAUCAGAACGAUCGUUGCCGCCUUUUUCAACUGAGUCAGAGCGUCCACGAAUCUUCGAUAGCGUUGUUGGCAGGUCAGCCAGAGCUAAUUUUGACGCUCUCGCCGCCUCUGGUCUGAACACAUGGUCACAACAACACGGACGCUUUGUGACGGUAACCAACGAACAAUGAAUAAAUAUUGAGACUUAAUCAAACCAAUUCGACUUGAUUUCCUGAGACACUCUAAAUAAAUGGAUCAAUAUUUGAUUAAGUAUAUAGAAAUAUUUUACAGUAUCUGUCAAAACCAGUGAGUAAUCUAUUCUUCCACCCUGUUGGUUCUGUUGCAUUUUACAUAUUUAAAGCUGUCUCAAGUAAAAACAAAAAAAAAAUUUUGCUCUGUCAAUUAUGCAUGCAGCGAAUAUUUUUUUUAUAUACAAGUUAAAAUGAUGAUCAGAGACUGCUAAUGAAUCUAAACGGCCACUGAGCAUUAACGUGACCUCUAGGGAUACACCAAUUCUACCGACAAAUUAUCUACGUUCUUAUUUCCUCACGGUUUUUUAAAACCCUAGUGCAAAAUAAAUCUCAGUGCUUGCAUUGGAAAUGUAGAAUGUAAAUCGGGAAAUAUAUCACAUGCAGUGUGUUCAAAAAAUUGACCUGUGAAACUGAUUUUUAAUGGAUUGUUUUAGGUUCUGCAGUGCUUAACUAUUGAGUUUUAAUGGGGUAUUUGUAAUCAGUUGUGUUGACUUUUUUGGGGGUAAUUUUGAAGAUCUUAGGCGAACGGAAUAAGUGAUGUUUAAUUACCUGAUAGUGUAUCCAGGAUCAGUGCGCGUAAGAAUCUACACACAGAUUUGUGUCAAAAUUAGCAAGUGAAAUUGUCUUUGCGUACAUUGGUGACUUGGCCUCUGAGCUAAUAAAAUCUACCUUUUUUGUUUUUAAUUUACUUCAUGAAGGGAAAUUUUUCCUGCCAAACUCUAUUUCUGUGAAUUUAAAUGUAGUUUUUUCUUAAAUGCUGUGUAACACUGUUUUCAUAAGGGAUCAUGUCCUUAUUCUUUCAGGUUUUAUUAGACAGGGCUGUGACUGAUGUAACGGGUACAAUGUGCUUUGAUUGAUUUUCUACACAAUUGUCAAUCUUCAUUGGAAAUGUUGUUAUCUACUGUAAAGAAAUUGCUAUUUGAAAAACCAUCAAAAGUACCGAAAUGUGAGUUAAAGGCUGCAAAAAUUGAGCCAAAAGUAAAUUGAAUAAAUGUGAAUUAAAUUUGUGAUGGGGUAAAAAAAACGGACCUUUUGAAGGGCUAUAAUAGGGGAGGGCGCAUGCCAAAAGUGUCUGUUUUUUUUUUACCCCGUCACAAAUUUAAUUCACAUUUAUUCAAUUUAAAUAAUUGUUUUUUUUUACAAUUUACACAAGGUUUUAAAAGAAACAGACCUUUUGAAGGGCUAUAAUAGGGGAGGGCGCAUGCCAAAAGUGUCUCAUUCAUUGAUCUACGUUAUUUUCAUUUCAUACUUCAUUUUGUUUUUGUAAGCAAUAUCCAAUAAAUGUUUUACAUAUUAGUUGUUUCUAA